UGAGGAUUGAAUUAUUUGCCAAAAACUGUGCAGCUUUUGGAGAGCAAAUGUCAAUGGGUCCCACAUAGCUUCCAAGAAAGUCUAUUUUCUUCCAUUCAUUGGCCCCUCUCCAGUCUUUACACCAUUAAAAUCUUCUCAGCCCUGCACCCUUCACUAGCACACAAAACAAAAGUAUGAUGACCCCCUCCACAACAAAAGAAAAAAGAAAAAGGAAAAAAAAAAAAAGGAAAUUGUUAGGAAAAAAAGAAAAAUCUAAUUUCUACCAACAAAGCUGGAUAUUUAUGUUGUUUCUUUCUUCUUAUAUGACUCUGCUCUGUAUUUUCCAGAGGUCUUCAUGUUCCUUUUAAUUUCAUGGGUCUCUCUAAUAAACUUUCAGCAAUUGAUGCAAGCUGGCAAUCUCUCUUGGUGCUGAAGAGAUUCCCGCUCCGAUCUGACAGAUGGCCGAGGUGGGGGAAGCUCCACUAGGGUAUGAAAAUCUUCGAAAAGGGCGUAAUUUCAAGUCCUUCUCAAGAAGCUCUGCCAUUGCUGAUCGGUGAGUUGAGUUCUUCGAAUUCACUUUCAAGGCCAAUUGAAGGAUGGACGGGAUCAGAUUGGAUUUAAGGGGUCAUUUCUCUGGAUCAACACAAUCAGAAGAGUCCGCUCUAGACCUGGAGAGGAACUAUUGUAGUCAUCCUAAUCUGACUUCAACUCCAUCAACACUUCAAGCCUUUGCAUCAAGUGGUCAGCAUUCUGAGAGCAAUGCUGCCUACUUCUCAUGGCCUACUUCUAGUCGACAGAAUGGUGCUGCUGAAGAUCGAGCAAACUAUUUUGUUAAUCUUCAGAAGGGAGUGCUGCCUGAAACUCUUGAUCAGUUGCCAACGGGUCAGCAAGCAACCACCUUGCUUGAGCUAAUGACCAUAAGGGCUUUCCACAGCAAGAUAUUGCGUCGUUAUAGUCUUGGCACAGCAAUUGGGUUUCGAAUAAGACGGGGUACAUUAACAGACAUACCUGCUAUUCUUGUCUUUGUUGCUCGAAAAGUUCACAGACAAUGGCUCAACCACAUCCAGUGCCUGCCUGCUGCCCUUGAGGGACCAGGAGGUAUCUGGUGUGAUGUGGAUGUUGUGGAAUUCUCUUACUAUGGUGCACCUGCACCAACUCCCAAAGAACAGUUAUACACUGAGCUUGUGGAUGGCUUACGUGGAAGUGAUCCUUGCAUUGGCUCAGGCUCUCAGGUUGCAAGCCAAGAAACCUAUGGAACUUUGGGUGCCAUAGUGAGGAGCCGAACAGGCAACCGACAAGUUGGUUUCCUCACAAAUCGGCAUGUUGCAGUUGAUUUGGACUACCCAAGCCAAAAGAUGUUUCAUCCUUUGCCACCCAACCUAGGCCCUGGGGUGUAUCUGGGAGCAGUGGAGAGGGCAACAUCAUUCAUCACAGAUGAUCUUUGGUAUGGCAUCUUUGCCGGAACUAACCCAGAGACAUUUGUACGAGCUGAUGGGGCUUUCAUACCUUUUGCGGAUGAUUUUAAUGUCUCCAAUGUAACUACAUUGGUAAAAGGUGUCGGUGUGAUUGGUGAUGUGAAGAUCAUAGACUUGCAGUCCCCAAUCAAAAGUCUGAUCGGGAAGCAAGUGGUGAAGGUAGGAAGAAGCUCGGGCUUAACUACGGGGAAUGUAAUGGCCUAUGCCCUUGAAUAUAAUGAUGAGAAAGGGAUCUGCUUCUUCACUGAUUUUCUUGUUGUGGGAGAAAACCAGCAGACCUUUGACCUUGAAGGUGACAGUGGGAGUCUCAUCCUUUUAACAGGUCAGAAUGGUGAGAAACCUCGGCCUAUUGGGAUAAUAUGGGGUGGGACAGCCAAUCGGGGACGGUUGAAGCUGAAAGUUGGUCAACCUCCUGAGAAUUGGACCAGUGGGGUUGAUCUUGGACGUCUUCUUGAUCUUCUGGAACUUGAUAUCAUCACGACAAAUGAAGGACUCGAAGCGGCCUUGCAAGAACAAAAAAACGCUUCAGCAGGUGGAGUGGAUUCUACAGUUGGUGAGUCGUCCCCUGCAGAGGGAACACAGCCACAACCACAACCACAACCGAAGGACAAAACAAAAGAGAUCUUUGAGCCUCUGGGUUUUAACAUUCAGCAUAUUCCUGUGGACAACGGACCUUGUGCAGAAGCAAAUCCACAUGUUGCUCCCUCUGAGUUUCAUAUAGAAGAUGGUAUCCGGGCAUUGCCGAAUUUAGAGCAUCAAUUCAUUCCCAACUUAAUUGUACAUUCGCCAAUUCAUCAAAAUGACCAACAGGACCGUCAAGAAUCAAAGAAUCUCUCUGCAUUGAGGAAUGGCUCUGGUGAUGAUCUCUCACUGCAGUUGGGAGAUCGGGAGCCCAAGAGAAGGCGCUCCGAGUGUAAAAUUGAUCUUGAAGAACCGAAAUGAAUUUUCAAACAGCCUCAUUUGCUUUGCAGCCAUCCUUAAAAGGGUGGAUUCGUAAGAGGGUCCAGACAUGCUGGUCUGGUCAAGGAGAUGACAAAUGCUGACUGUAAUUUGCUCGAAGACAGGAAUAGGUUCUUCGGGGCCCCUAUUUUGAUGACCAAUGUAUGUGGAAGUUGCAAUCGGCUCUCAGCUUUUGAGGUUCAAGUCUCUUGCCAGAUCAUUUUGCCUUCCAGUACCUAGCAUGUUUCUAGGAAAGAUUAUAGCUAUAGGUAGAUAUAUUAACUAUAUACCAUUUUAGUUGAAAAUGUUUACAGUGUAUCUCUUGUUAAAGAAAAUUUCCUUUGUAGAACCA